AUGGAGAUCGCGCUGGUGACUCUGGAGAACGGCGGUGGCGGGGCCAUCUCGGCCGGCGAGGAUGCCACGGCCAGCAGCGUCGGCGGUAGCACCGGGGCUCGGCGACAGCGUGAGCUACUCCGCCUCGCGGGGUCCACGUCUGUCGCAAGACUGAGCGACGGCAAGGUGGGUACGCCACCGGCCUCAUCGCCGCCGCAGGUGGACGAGGAGCGGGAGAAGUCCCCGCCGGUCCUCCGAGGAAGCGGCAGGAGGCUCUGCAGCAGCAGUGAGGGCAGCAUCAACGUCCGGGCGGCGUCUGGACCACUAUCGCAGCCACAAGCUCUGCGCCUCCGGCCGGCUGCUGAAAUGGAUCUCGCGGAGGAGGGGGGUCACCACCGGGGCAUGACCAUGGCAGCGGCCGGUGAGGAGGAGGAGAUGAAAGCAGUGAGCCGGGGCGCCAUGCACCAUCAGCGGGUUCUAAUCAACAUCUCUGGGCUGCACUUCGAGACUCAGCUGGGCACCCUCAACCAGUUUCCUGACACACUGUUGGGAGAUCCUGAUAAGCGUAUGCGGUAUUUUGACCCACUCCGUAAUGAAUACUUCUUUGACCGCAACCGGCCCAGCUUUGAUGGCAUCCUCUAUUUCUACCAGUCUGGGGGCAAGCUUCGGCGGCCUGUCAAUGUCUCCAUUGAUGUCUUUGCUGAUGAGAUCCGCUUCUACCAGCUGGGCAAGGAGGCCAUGGAGCGUUUCUGGGAGGAUGAGGGUUUCAUCAGAGAGGAGGAGAAGCCCCUUCCCCACAGUGAGUUUCAGCGCCAGGUCUGGCUCAUCUUUGAGUACCCUGAAAGUUCCAGCUCAGCCCGGGCCACUGCCAUUGUCUCUGUGUUGGUGAUCCUUAUCUCCAUCAUCACCUUCUGCCUGGAAACUUUGCCUGAGUUCAGGGAUGAACGAGAGAUACCCAUGUCUUUGCCCUCACAAACUGGGGGUUUGAACUCCACAGCUGGAGACACUCCAUCCAUGCAGUCACCAAGUAACCUCUCUGACCCCUUCUUCAUCAUCGAGACCACUUGUGUCAUCUGGUUCACCUUUGAGCUCCUUGUGCGUUUCUUCACCUGCCCCAGCAAGCCUGAGUUCUCCCGCAACAUCAUGAACAUCAUUGACAUCGUGGCCAUUAUCCCCUACUUCAUCACCCUGGGCACAGAAUUGGCCAAUGAGCAACAGCAGCCUGGGGGUAGCAGCAGCAAUGGGAGUGGGGGCCAGCAACAAGCCAUGUCCUUGGCCAUCCUCAGAGUCAUCCGCUUGGUCAGAGUCUUCAGGAUCUUCAAGCUUUCCAGGCACUCCAAGGGGUUGCAGAUUUUGGGACAGACUUUGAAAGCCAGCAUGAGAGAGCUGGGCCUCCUCAUCUUCUUUCUCUUCAUUGGAGUGAUCCUUUUCUCCAGUGCUGUCUACUUUGCUGAGGCUGAUGAUCCUGAGUCUCAUUUCUCCAGCAUCCCUGAUGCUUUCUGGUGGGCUGUGGUGACCAUGACCACUGUGGGCUAUGGGGACAUGCGACCUGUUACUGUGGGGGGCAAGAUCGUGGGCUCCUUAUGUGCCAUCGCUGGUGUGCUCACCAUUGCCCUGCCUGUCCCUGUUAUUGUGUCCAACUUCAACUACUUCUACCACCGAGAGACUGACCAUGAGGAUCAAUCUAUGCUCAAAGAAGAACACAGCAGUGCCCAGGGCAGCGCAACUGGGGUAGAUGGAAAGAGAAGAACCAGUAAAAACUCUCUGAACAAAUCUGUUGUGCACUUGGAAAAUAAUGAAGGGUUCAAAAGCAGCACCAGCCCUCUAGAGAAAAACAGUAUCAAAGCUAAAAGUAAUGUAGAUCUCAGAAAAUCACUCUAUGCCCUCUGUUUGGACAGCAGCAGGGAAACAGACCUGUAAGGAAAGGAGAGAAUUGUAGUCAAAAGAUGCAGCAGAAUUUGUUGGUGUCAGAAACUUGCUACUAUAUCUAUUUUCCUACCAGUUGUUUUGUUGCUUGGUUUUUCAUUUUUUGCUUUAAAUCAGGCUGUAUUUUAUAAUUUGAUCAUUGUCCUGAGCAGUCCUCCAGAAAUAAAUGUUUUUAUAUUCUUUUUCCAUGACACAAAUGGUCACCUGUUUUUAAAAUAGAUUAUGUAAACUAUUCUUUAUUAUGCAGGAGCUGGUAAAUUAUGAAAAUGCAAAAUCUGAUUUGUAGAAACUUUUAUUAGCAAAUUACAGUUUGCUUGAAAUGGUCAUUUGUAAUCAAUACAUUUUCUGCAAAUUGUUUAAGAGCUGGGGGACGUGUGCAGAGAAUGAAUGAAUUUUGGAGUGGGAGGGAACAAUGAGAGGGUUUUGUACUGUAGUUUCAAACUGAAAAUAUUCCAAUUUAUUUUGUAUCUAUAUAACAUCAUUUUUGCGUGAAAAGGGAUUUCUUAUUCCUGAGACGUAUCACUCCAUUAAAGCACUAGGAACAUUGGCAGAUCAGCACUUGUAGAGUUUUUCACUUGUGAUCACUACAGAUCUGCUUGUCUAGUAUGAAAAGUGCUUUAAGCACAGAAAUUUUUUAUUACUGAUGAGAUAUUUGUUCCUUGUGAGCCUUAAAUUAUUAAACAUUGUAGAUACACUUCUUUAUAAAUAACUUUAUUAAUCACCUUACAGUUUUAGAAUUUCUAAAUAUUCUGUCUCGUGCUUUCUGUCCUCCCCAAAAGAAGCACAUA